GGAGCCCGCAGGGUUCGGAGGCCAACCUCAAAACAAUCACCACCACGUAACGGAAAUACAGUCUUGCAUCGAUGCAGCGUCCAUGGAUGUCCCACUUUCCUCCAACGUCAUGCCCUCGUGAGCAACAACAAAACCCACCCCCUGCAUCGAGGAAACCCGUCUCCUCUGCUUCCCUCCAUCCCUCUGCGUCUCACGCAUGCCCAUGAAACGGUUCAUGUUCUAACUCAUGCAAUAGAGGGUCAGAUACACGAGCCUGUUUCUGGUUUAAAGGUGCUUCUGGGAAGCGAGGAGACCCUUGUUUCUCUUUGUCGACAGGCUCUAUAGGGAUUUCUGAUUGUCAAGGGCGAAAGUCAUAAUCCUGCUCUGUUUUGAGGUGCUUUAAGGAAGCGGGGAGCCGUUUUUUCUCGUUUUCUUUGGGUUCUGGGUUCUAUAGGGAGUUUGGAUUGGUGGUACAGUUUUCCUCUUCGCUACCUUCUCGGAGAGAUUGUGUUGGAGAAAAGCUAAGGCCUUCAAGAUCGUGAUGGGUCUGUCUGCAGAUAAUGUAAGAGGGUUGCUCUUGGCUCUAUCAUCGAGUUUUUUUAUUGGAGCCAGCUUUAUAGUGAAGAAAAAGGGACUCAAAAGGGCAGGAGCUAGUGGACUCAGAGCAGGAUCAGGAGGAUUUUCUUAUCUCGUGGAGCCCUUGUGGUGGGCUGGAAUGAUUGCUAUGAUUGUUGGUGAGGUAGCUAACUUUGCUGCUUAUGCAUUUGCUCCUGCCAUUCUUGUGACACCCCUGGGAGCAUUAAGCAUUAUUGUCAGUUCAGUAUUGGCUCAUUUCGUCUUGAAGGAGAGGCUUCAAACAUUUGGUAUCCUUGGUUGUCUUCUCUGUGUUGUUGGUUCUGUCACCAUCGUCCUACAUGCUCCACAAGAGAAAGAGAUUGAGUCUGUGAAGCAAGUUUGGUAUCUUGCUACUGAACCUGGUUUCAUCAUUUACACUCUUGUAGUGAUAGGGUUGGAUGUGUUUCUCAUUUUCAAACUUGCACCUACGUAUGGACACACACACAUGUUUGUGUACAUUGGGAUUUGCUCUGUCACAGGUUCUCUCACAGUCAUGAGCGUGAAAGCGUUGGCAAUUGCUUUGAAACUAUCUUUUUCAGGAAUGAAUCAGUUCAUCUAUUUUCAAACAUGGUUUUUCGCACUUGUUGUUGCUUUCUGUGUUGUUUUGCAGAUGAACUAUUUGAACAAGGCAUUGGACGUCUUCAACACUUCUGUUGUAUCUCCUGUCUACUAUGUCAUGUUCACAUCUUUUACAAUCCUUGCAAGCAUGAUCAUGUUUAAGGAUUGGGCAGGUCAGCAAGCGUCACAGAUAGCGACAACUUUAUGUGGGUUUAUGACAAUUCUUUCUGGAAUCUUCAUCCUCCACAAAACAAAAGACAUGCUUGAAAGUGUGCCUAGUAGCCCAGCAAUCUUGGAAUCCACAUAGCAGCCUGAUGUUGGAAUAUCAAACUACCUUCUGUGAAACUCACAAAGUUGGAGCUGCAGAUGCGGAUGCUCUUGAUGCAUAAUGUAAUUGAAAUUCUGAGCACACAGCCAACUUACCAGCAUGGAUCUGCCUUCAUUUUUUUGCUCCAAGUCGAGAUCAAUUGCUGCAACAGUUUGAUGGCCAACAUGAUAAAGAGAGAACAUGGAGAACAUGCGGAGGUUCUUGUACAAGGAUAAUCGGGCAUACCACAAGUAUACAAUUGUGUAUAUACUGGCCUUGUCCAGCAUCGAAGUCUAUCCCUAUUACCUUGGGAGAACUGCAGCAUGUUCGGUUUCAAUCGAUUCACGCCUUUUUUUCUAUUAUCUUUUACCUUUG